AUGCUAUCCUCAGCUACAGCGCUGGGAUCAGCGCGUGCGAGAAGGGCGAGCAGUGGCAGCAGGCUCUUGCGCUGGUCAGGGAGAUGUGGGAGGCGAAGCUGGAGUCCACCUCAGCUGCAGCGUUGGGAUCAGCGCGUGCCACAGGGGCGAUCAGUGGCAACGUGCUUUGGCGCUGCUCAGCGAGAUGAGGGUGGCGAAACUGGAGCUCGACGGCAUCUGCUACAACGCUGGGAUCAGCGCGUGUGGUACGGGCGGGCAGUGGCAACGGGCUCUAGCGCUGCUCAACGAGAUAUGGGAGUCGACGCUGGAGCCCACCGCCAUCAGCUGCAACGCUGGGAUCAGCGCGUGCGAGAAGGGCGAAAGGGCCUGCAGUGGCGGCGAGCGUUGGCGCUGCUCAGCGAGAUGAAUGUGGCACAUUUGGAGUCUAAUCUCGUCAGCUACAGUGCUGCGAUCAGCGUGUGCGAGAAGGGCGGGCAGUGGCAGCGGGCUCUGGCGCUGUUCAAAGCAAUGCAGGAGGCGAUUUUGAAACCCAACGUGAUUUUCAGCUACAGCGCUGGCAUCAGCGCGUGCGAGAAGGGCGAGCAGUGGCAGCGGGCCCUGGCGCUGCUCAACGAGAUGCGGAAGGCGAUUUUGGAGCCCGACGUCAUCUUCAGCUACAGCGCUGGCAUCAGCGCGUGCGAGAAGGGCGAGCGGUGGCAGUGGGCUCUGGCGCUGCUAAGCGAGAUGCAGGAGACGAUAUUGAAACCCGACGUUACCUCUCUCAGCUACAGUGCCGGAAUCAGCGCGUGCGAGAAAGGCAAUCAGUGGCAGGAGGCUCUGUUUCUGCUCAGCGAUAUGCGGGAGGUGAAAUUGGAGCCAGACGUUAUCGGCUACACCGCUGUCAUCAGCGCCUGUGAGAAAUCCAGUUGUCUUGGCCCCGGAGGUCGCUGGCCCCUCCUUGAACCCAGCCAGGUGACACUCUUGAAUGCUGCAUGA